AUGCCGUCUCAUUCAGUCGUCCGUUUCGACGCUGAAUACGUUAUCGCACCCGCUCGGCGCGCUAUAAACAAAGUGCCAAUGACACGAAGGUCGGACGGCCGUAUCGAUAGCGCGGCGCCGCUAUCGCCCAACACUGGGCGGGUCGGCAAGGCCGCGGCGCGACGGUACGUGUGUCGUCGCGCGUACGUGUACACAAACACCGUCUCGAAA